AUGCCUGACAUAACGUUUGCAGUCCACAAACUUAGUCAAUAUGUUUCAAAGCCAUGCGAUGAACAUUGGGAGGCUACUGAAAAGAUACUCAAAUACUUGAAAGGAACUCCAGGACAUGGUCUAUUCUACUCGAGUGACAGUAAUUCUACACUUAGCAUUUUUUCAGAUGCAGACUGGGCUGCAUGCCCUGAUACAAGGAGAUCUAUGACAGGCUAUUGCCUCUUUCUUAGCUCCCCCUUGGUCUCUUGGAAAGCGAAAAAACAGCACACUGUCUCAAGAUCAUCAGUAGAGGCCGAAUAUAGGGCUAUGGCACAUGCCACUUGUAAAGUAGUACGGGCAAUAGCUUUGUUGGAAUACUUUGGCAUUAAAGUUGAGAAAGCAGUUCCUUUGUUCUGUGACAAUCAAGUGGCUGUCCAUAUUAGUUCUAACCCAGUGUUUCAUGAGCGCACGAAACAUAUUGAGAUUGAUUGUCAUACUGUGAGAGAGAUAUUUGGAAGGGAUAAUCCAACUCAUGCUUAUACGAAAUGA